UUUUUUUCAGUCAGUGAAUGUUUUUAUCUUUCAGUCUAUGAGCAGUGACGAAAGCAGACCUCAUAGAAAAGACAGACUGAUCUGUCUAGCUAGACUACAUUCAGUCAGUCUAGACAGUAAUUACACAAAUGAAAUUCUAGAUCUACAAUCUAUCAUCAUAUAUCCAGUCAAUGUGUCACAUUAUAUUUUUUGCUGAAGCUUGUUUUAAGACAGAAGUGACUGUAUCAGGAAACUUAAACAUCUGUGUAAUCAAGUCCAACAUUAUUAAGUGCUGGAUCACCUGAGCUUGAGAUAAAUUUGUUUACAUGCUUGCAUCAGCACAGAUGUUUUUUUGGCUCAGACAUAAAGCGCAUGUAUAGGCAGAAUUAAGAUAGCAGCGAGGUUGUUCAGGCCAGUAGUGAAAGAUGCUGUAACAUAAUUAAGUUUUGAUUAGUUUAAAUGUUUAUGUUUGAAUUCUAGUUUUAAUAUUUUUAUAUGUAAGUGACUUCCUUGUUCUCACAAUGUCCAAAAGAGGAGGCCAGAGGGGUAUGUCAAAUCUGGGCCAAAAAGGUGGAGAUCGUGACAGAGUUAACAACAAUAUGUAUGCACAGCCACACCCCCUUAUGAGCUACCCACAACCCCCACAGCCACAGUAUCCCCCGUUUUCUCCAAAUCCACAGCCAAUGUAUCAGUAUAAUCCUCCACCACCACCACCACAAAUGCAAUAUCCCCCUGCUCCAUACCAUGUGACUGUUACAGUCAAUCAAGAGCCCCGCGACAGAAGGGAACCUUACUAUAAUGAUAGGGGUGGAGACAAAGGGGGUCCUUACUAUAAUGAUAGGCAUGAAGAACGUAGGGAACCUUAUAAUGAUAGGGGUGUAGAUAGAAGGGAACCUUAUAAUGAUAGGGGUGGAGAUAGAAGGGAACCUUAUAAUGAUAGGGGUGGAGAUAGAAGGGAACCUUAUAAUGAUAGGGGUGGAGAUAGAAGAGAACCUUAUAAUGAUAGGGGUGGAGAUAGAAGGGAACCUUAUAAUGAUAGGGGUGGAGAUAGAAGGGAACCUUUUAAUGAUAGGGGUGGAGAUAGAAGAGAACCUUAUAAUGAUAGGCAUGGAGAACAAAGGGAACACUAUAAUGACAGACGUGGAGUACGACAGGAACCUUAUAAUGAUAGGCAUGGAGAAAGAAGGGAACCAUAUUAUGAUAGGCCUGGGUCACACUCCCAACAUCAGCAUGCAUCUCAGCUUGAGGAUCGCUAUCGUCCUCCUGAGCAUUUCUCUAGAGGUGAAAACUGUAGGCGUCAGGGGAAUUCCCCACCACCUCCAUAUGUUGAUCAUAGGAAUGACAGAGGUAGACAUGGAGAUGCUCAUUUCCCAGAAGCGCCUCCCCCAUAUGAUUCUGUUGUGUCAGAUCGUCAUCAUAACGAAGGCUAUACCAGACAGAGAACUGGGUCCACCGGUAGUGAUGCCAGUGUGAGCAGCAGAAGAUCAUACAAGAGUGAAAGGAGAUCCACUCCAAGAAGGGAUAUUGGACCAAACCAAAGCCAAGAUCCCAGACCCAACUCUAAUAAAGGAAAUGAUGGUUCUCAUUUGACAGACAAUAAAACUCGUGAUUUUGCGCAACAUAAGCAAAAACUAUUUGGUCUGUCAAUGGAAAACAUAGCGCACAAUCUGGACAAAAAUGUCAAUCUUGGUGAUGAUAGGCAAAGAGAUUAUAAUAACAGAGGAAAGGAGAGAGGAAAAGGUAGAGGUAGAGGCCGUGGCCGUGGUAGAGGAGGGUCCCAGUUAAAUUCUAAAUUUUCAAGCACCCCAAAUUUAGUUGAUGCUGAUCAGAGUGAGGCUAAGGACAAAUCUGUCAAACGACACCCUCGACACAGGCUAAACAAAAUGGGCUAUCACCAGGCUGACAGAAAACCAGAUGAUAAGCAGGACAUUAAUGAUAGAUCUCAGCGUACUACCAAAGCUGCUCUUCAGAUUCUGAAGACGUUCAAUGGUGUGGAUCAUCUCAAGCAGACUAUUCGACAGCACCUAGAUCAGGAAGAGAACAAAUUUCUAAAGUUUGUUGAAGACUCCAUCAUCUGCUCUGAACUCAGAGGUCUGUGUACAAUAAUACUGACCACUGACAGCAAGCAGAUGGCCAAAAAAAUGAUAAAAAAUAUGUGCCUUAAUUUGAAAAAAUCUCUGCAAGUUAAUGUCACUUAUGAAAUGUCCAGCACUGGUGAAGACAAGAGCCCACAAAGAGAAGAUAAAGUUAUUGAAACUACUUGGCAAAGGUCUAGUUUAACUGAUACAAAAUUAAGUUCUAGACGUAAAAGAGCAGAACAGUUUUUAUCCUUUGCCAGCCAGAAAGCUCCAAGAAUACAAAAGUUAGCCAAUGUUCAGAAAGAGAAAAAAGAAACAGAAGCUCAAGCUGAAGCCCAAAGUGAUACCAGGAAAAGCCCAGACAAAGACCCAGUGGCUAUUCCUACUAAAAUCUCUGUGACCGUUGGUAUGAAUCUUUUUGACAAGGCAAAAGUUCUUUCUUUCUUACAAUCUGUUAUUGAUUGUAAAGUUUCUCCAUUUGAAUUAAUGGAAGGAAGUGUGGCCAUAACAUCUUCCAAAUCUCUCUUUGAUUUGAUGGCGCCUAGUAAGGCUGCAGCAGCUAGAAUUGUGAAACUUUUAAAUUCACUUAAGUUGGGUGAUAGUACUGUGCGAGCUCAUAUAGUUGGGGACUCAUCACUCAAAGAUGGAACUGCCAAGUCAGAAAAGUUGAAAUCUGUCCUACAGAGUACUCUAGAUGAAAUGAGGAGAAUGUCUUCCUCUGCUCUGGAGUCUCAUAACAAAUCAAUUGAAAAUUAUGAAAGAGCCUUGGAUGCUAUGCAGAAACAAGCCCCAGGGGAUGAAGAAGAUGAGGAGGAUGUGCUAGAAGAGCUGGCAUUGAGAGACAGACUCAUGGAGGUUAUAAAAAUGCGGAAUGAAUUUACUAACCAGCAUAAGGAGCUAGUUGAUAGAGUCGAGAAAAUGGAUACUACCACAGCAUCUGCUAAAGAUUUAAAAGACAUUCUCCAGAUUGUGGAAUUAAAUUGCAACAGGUUGAUGACUGCCCUCCCUAUCCUUGCCAAAAGAAAAGAUAUUUUAUCGUGUGUUCAGACAAACCAAGUUUUAAUGUUAACAGGUAGAACAGGACAAGGCAAGAGUACGCAGUUAGUGCAAUAUUUGUAUGAGGCUGGCUUUGCCACUAGAGGACGCAUUAUUUGUUCUCAGCCUAGAAGUCUGGCAGCUGUUCUUCUAGCUGAACAUGUGUCCAAAGAAAUGUCCUUUAAAGUUGGGGGAGUUGUUGGCUAUACAACAGAUUCCAAAGAACUGGUCAGUGUAAAUACCAGCAUUAUAUUUUCUACAGAUCAUUUCCUUUUAAAUGAAGGAAUUAAGGAUCCAGAUUUUAAAUGCUAUUCUUGCAUUAUAGUUGACGAGUCUCAAGAGCGCAGCAUAUAUACAGACUUAUUGCUUGGAAUGAUUAAGAGCAGCCUACCUCAUCGACCUGACUUGAAGGUGAUCAUUGUAUUGUGCAAUCAAUCAGCUAAACAUUUUCUUGAUUAUUUUAACUCUAGCACUGAACUUCAGGUCCCCAGUAGGCUGUUCCCAGUAGAUGUUGUCUACGAAAGCUCAGAUAUCAUGCAGGAGCUUGAACAGUAUGAGGUGAAAGCUGUGGCCAAGGCCAUAUCUGUACAUAAGACAGAAAGUCAAGGAGAUAUUCUUGUUUUUCUGACCUCCCCAGUGGAGAUCAUGCGCUGCAUGAAUGAACUGGAGAAACGAAUGGGAGAAGACAUUAACUGCAAGUGUUUCCCUCUGCAUGAGAUGCUGCCACCAGCCGAGCUGAAGAAAGUUUUUGAGCCAUUGCCACCUGGAGUCAGAAAAAUCAUUCUUGCCACAAGCUGUGCUGAAAACUCCUUUACUAUAGAUGGUAUUAGGUUUGUUAUUGAUUGUGGUCUAGAUACAGAAGUGGUAUACGACCCACAGAAAAACAUUAGCACAAUGAGCACCUGUGUGAUUAGCAAAAGCUCUUCAGAUCAAAGGAAAAAUACAGCUGGAAGAACUGCUAGUGGGAAAUGUUUUAGGCUUUAUUCUGAAAAUACAUAUGCUUCAAUGGAACCCAGUAGAAAGCCUAAAAUACUUACAGAACCAUUGGGUCAAGUGAUUUUAAAACUUGCAGAGCUUGGCACCUCUUACGAAUUUGAUUUUAUUGAUGCCCCCAGCAAAAAUGUUCUACAAUCAACACUUCAAAUGUUGCAAUAUUUAUAUGCUGUGACACCCAAAGGAAUAACUGACAUUGGUCACUGGUUGUCGAAAUUUGCUUUAGAUCCUAGGUUGGGAUAUAUUAUUUACCUGGGAUUGAAAGGAAGUUUAUUGUAUGAUUGUGUUGUUUUAGUAGCUCUAAUUGCACAUGGUUCCAAGAUUUUUUACAGAGAUUUUUCUGCUUCAGAAAAUCAACAUACUUUUAAGAUCAAACCAGAGCUUGUUUCAGAAUAUGGAGAUCUAUUCACUUGGCUGAAGAUCUAUCAAGAGUGGAUCAAGUUGCCACGUAAUGAGCAGUCAAGCUGGUGCCAUGAUAAUAAGAUCAAUUACAAGGUUCUCAACUUUAUAAAACAUUUUGUAAGUGAUAUUGAUGCCAUUUUUCGAAAGGAAAACAUUAUCAUGGAACAGCAAUUCACCACUGGAGGGGAUCAGACAUGGAAAAACCUGAGAAAAAUUAUAUUCUUUGCAUUUACACCCUGUACUUGUAGAUAUCUACAAGAUACCAAAGAUAGUUAUUUAGAUCUGAUUGCAAACAGGCAUGUUCAUGUUCACAACUCCUCAAGUCUGCAUCAACUCAAGAAAUAUCCUGAUUGGAUUAUAUAUACAGAAUUUAGAAAGACUUCCAAGUCUUUUAUCAAAGGUCUCAUGGUCAUUGAUGAAGACUGGGUAUUAGAUGCUUGCAAUCAAGGAAAGUUGGCCAUUGAUCUAGACAAAACUAAAGGAUGGAAAGCACGUCUUGCUCACAAAGAAGAAGUUGGUUCUCUGCUUUUCCAGCAUUUGACUGGAGCUCUGUAUGUCAAGCUACAGGCUCUAGAAAACAGUUUAUCCUCUAAAGGUAUGGUUGAUGUCGUCCUAGAAGCAGAUAAACAGUUGGGCACUAUAGACAUUUACUCAGCAUCUUUUAUGAACCAAGAUGCUGCUAGAAGUCUCAGUAUAACUAAAGCCGAGGUCAUACAAAAACUGUUGGAGGAAGAAGAAGAGCUCCACAUAAUGAAAAGUUCCAGUGGAAAAGAUCAGUCAGGAGUACGAGUUCUUCUAGGGCAUGGUGGUCUACUUAGUGCCAUCCUGAUGCCUGAGCAAAGUAACAAGAUAAUUGUCACUAAAGCUAGGUCUGGCAUUACAGUGGAGGAAGUUUUGGACAAGUUCAAACUCUUUGGGGACAUCAAGGAGUAUAUAAGGUUAAGCCACCCAGAUCACUGGGGCCACAUCAGGUAUGCAACCUGUCAUGAGGCUCAACUGGCAGUCAGGAGCACGUCCAAUGACAAAAAGCUUGUUGCGAUUUUGAAAGUGGAAUCCAAAUCCAAAGUACUGAAAAACAAAUUUGAGGCAAGACUGCAGUGGACUAGAAGGCCCGUCAAGGGCAAUGGAACUGCCAUAAUCAAAUGUCCUCCUAUUGAAAGGAUGGCUUUUACAGGGAAGACCAUUACAGUGCAUGAUAGGCAGCUGACAAUAGAGAGUUCUCGAAAGGAAGGUGAGGUGGAGUUAUUCUGUCACAACAUUGGGGAUGUCAAGGAAUACGACAUCAAGAAGGUCCUGGUGAAUAUGUUGGAUUAUGAUGAGAAAAGGGAAAAUAACAUCCAUGUCAGCAUUGUCAGAGAAAAGGUUGAGCAGAUGAAACCAGAAAUGGUCAAGCAGCUUAAAGCAGAGCUGUUUCAUGAUUUGAAGAAAUAUUUGCCUACAGAAACUUUCAAUAUCUCUUUGAUCUCCCCCAAGCCUACUGCAAUCCACCAGGUGGGUCACAUUCACUUUGAUAACAUUGAAGAAGUCCUUAAGGCUUGCAAGGUAGCCAGUGGCAGAAUAUUUGUCCGAGGUCAGGUUGUUGAAAUUAGUCCCAACCUUAAAACCACCAUUCAUGUGUCAAAGGUUAUAAUGGCAGCCUUCAAGUCCCACAUUGAGGAUUUAGUAAGCAGUUUCAACAAAGAGCUUAAGGUAAUGGUGACCCUGAGGCCUAUGAAGCAGGGAGAUUGUGCCGUAGACAUUACUUCCUCUUGCCCUGAAUAUCUUCUGCAAGCCAGGGACAAGUUCCAAAAGGAGCUUGAAGGAGAGGUCAUUGAUUGCAGCUUCAAGGAGCAUUUGUCUUGUUUACUGAAGUAUAAAGGGAAGCAAGUGUUGAAGGACAUAGAGCAAGGUCAAUCUCUGAUGAUUGUUACAGAUGAUCGUAAAAAGAAAAUCCACAUUUAUGGUGACAUUGAUAACAUUAACAAAGCACAAGUUGAAAUCAGUCACUUUCUUCAAAUGUUCCGUGACAGUGAGCGCGAAGUGUUUGCUCUUAAGACACCUGGAAAACCAAAUAGGAUUCUGAAGGAGCUUUUUAUCAGAUACACUCCUUUUACAGAAAGCAUUAUUGAUACAUUUGAUUUGAAUGAUGUAGUUCUUGAUCUUAAGCAGCUAAAGAUUACUUUUGUGGGCCCACCAAAGUCUACUCAAAUUGCCAUGCUAGCCUUGCGUGAACUAGAAAAUGGUUUGCAGAACAUAGCCUUAGUCAACUUUGGUAUUGGUAAGGUGAUGCCCCAAUGUGUUCUGUGCAAGUCCCCCAUAGAAAACAUCUCUGAGCUGUGCAGAUUAGAAUGCUGUGGUCACAGCUACUGCCAAAUUUGUAUGAAGGGUUUUGUUGCAAUUUCAAUUCAGGACCGCCUGUUCCCAAUGAGAUGUAUUCAAGAAAGCUGCAACCAGUUUUUUGUUGCUAGAGAUUUCAAAUAUUUCAUCAACAAAAAGUGGCUGACGAAACAGUCUCUGCUAAUGAGUUCACUGGAUAGCUAUGUGACUAAAUAUGAAGACACAUACAAGUUUUGUGUCACUCCAAACUGCCCAGUAGUUUAUGAAGUGACCAAUAAUGUAAGAGGAAGUGAAUGGACCUGCCCAUCAUGCUCAGUUAGUGUCUGUACUUCCUGUCACACAGUGUUUCAUGUGGGUUUACCCUGCAGAAGUUAACAUUGAUAUUUUCAUCUGGGGGCUUAUAUUUGAGUUCCUGUUAGCAUGUACAAGAAACUGUGGUUCCUUUCUUUCUCCAUCUCCUUCUUAUCCCAUUCUUCCUUAGCAUUCAAAUGAGUCUCCAAUGUCAUAGAGAGUUAUCUUACAAACUUGAUACAGUAUAAUUCACUACAUAGUAAACAACAUAGUAGUCUUGAGAGCUCCUAGAAAUGUAUUAUUUGUCAAUUUGUGCUGCUGCUUUUUUGUUCAGAAUGUCAUUGAUUUUUUAAGGUUUUGGUAUACCGGUAUCAAAAGAAUUAAAAAAAAAUGAUCAGUUUGUUAUGUGUAUUACAGUGGGAAAAAGGAUUGGUCAUAAAACCCCAGAUUUUUUGCACUAGUUUAAAGCUUUGAGUUGAAGUUAGUUUUUACUUUAUGGUUUAUAAUUUCUGUUUGCUUGAUUUGACUUUGAGAUAUUUUCCUUUUUAUUGUCAUUUCAUACUUAUAUUGUUAUUUGUUUUAAUGUGUUAGUUGUCUUUAUGUUGCUUGGGUCUCUUAAAUAAUGUGAUAAUGUAAAGGUUGCAAUAAUGAGCUGCAAUACAGUCCAGGUAUUUACUCGUAAAAACAAUCUAGUAUUCAGCUCAUGUUAGUUUUAGUUUUUGUGAUGAUAAACAACUUUAUGGCUACACUUUGUAUUUUGAAAAUGAGAUUUUGUUCUAUUUUUUUUUUUUCAAUUUUUGUAAUAGUGUCAAUAGCUCUCUCUCUUUAAGAGUCAAUGCUAUAGAUCUUUUUUUUAUUUAGGUGGCUCAAUGUUCUAAUAAAAAUUAACAUGUGGAAAAACUGAAUAUAUGAAAGACAAGCUUCAAUUUUCAGCAAGUCAGCGUAUUAGUUAUUGUACAUUCAAAAUGUAACUAGGCUUACAGUUGAAAGAACAAUAGCUGUCAAUGAAUACAAGCAUUUGAGCUUUGGUCUUUUCAAAGCUUGAACUUUGUAUAACUGUCUUUUUUUUUAUACAAAAUACAAAUAAAUAAAUGUAAUCUCUCUGUUAAUUCUGACAUUUGAAAGUCAUGAAGGUACAACCAAACAUUUCUGUUUGUUACAAGUUUGUAACCACUCACUUGGGAAGAUUGGUUGUUUUUCUUCACACUAUGUUGUUUUGUUUUCAUUUGCUUGACAUUGUAAAAUAAGUUUAACUAGGUUGUGUACUUGCUUGUUUUAAAACUGUAGCUUUUAAUUGACUACAUUUAAUUAUUAGUUUUCAUUUUUUCUUAUUUUUUAGACCCACCUGACUUCAAACGUAUGAACAUAUAGUUUUAGAAAGUCAUUGACAUCCCCAUUCCUGAAAACUUCCAUGACUAUUGCAGCUGUCUAGAAUUGAGUUGACCUCUCUCUAAACAUUGUGUUGACCAUGUAAGGAGUAUACAAAUAAAGGAAAGGCCAGCAUAUUGAAUGUCAUUGUCAAUGUGCCUGAUUAAUUCAAGGCUUUUUUUGAUUCUGUGGUCCAGUCAGUAAAAAGCUGAUUUGUAUUUCCUACUAGCAAGACUAGCCAAAGUAUCUUUUCAUCUUACAUUUAUCUGAACAUCAAGUAUAUAGUGGAGUUAUAGUAACAUUAGGUGUUAUUAUUGUUUCAUUUCUGUCUCUAUUUUUCCUGUUGUAUUUUUCACAAUUCAUUGAUGACAUUUGAUUUGUUUGUGUGUUGAACCCGGUGUCAUGUUGGAAGUCUCCAAACUCUCUCACAUAUACUCUUGUUUGCUUUAUCAAUAAAUCUUUUAACAUACACACACACAAAAAAGA